AUGCUGUUUACUAUCUGAAUCGAAAUCAAAUCAAAAGGAGGCCGAUUCCGUGAACGCAGGCCGCAAUCUGUGAGUUGGAAAUAGCCAUGUUAACUCUACCGGACCAAGAUAAUCUGAACGAGUUCACACAGCCGGUGAUUUCAGUCACCGAAGAGUUCUCUUUUGCUGAUCAGCAGUUCAACUCUAUUACCGGUUCCGUGGCAGACAGUCAACUUUCGGAUUGUAAUUCGAUGUUUGAUGUUUCAGUCACGCCGCCAGAGGCCAAUGAUAUGUCCUGGGACAUGUACAUGAAGAUUUCCGAUGAUGACAAGCUAUUGAACCCUAAGUUGGGAUUUGGAUUUAUGGACCAGGGUUCCAUGGCGUUGACUGAUCCGCAAUGGGAACAAUAUCCAACACUAGGAGAUGGAGGCAGCGAGUUGCUGCAGCAAUUCAAUUCUCAUGUCUCGCAAUUAGGCAUUGAAGAUGAAGCUUGGUAUUUUGAACCAGAUCCAAGCCACCUGGAUCAUGCUGGUCGACCUUUAAAUGAGCCAGUGGGAAAAGCAGAGAAAAAAUUAUCCGAAGGCUGGAAUGGAAAGAAGCGGAAGUCUCGCGAACCCAUAAUCAUUACACAAGGGAAACAAGCCGACACUGAAAGAAUGAAGAGAAAGAGAGAAGCUGAUAAAAAGUAUCGGGCAGAGCUUAAGAUGGAGUUAAAACAGCUGAGGACGAUGAAGCUACAGUAUGAUAAACUGAUGACAACAGUGUCCAGAUUUGGGGGAAUUGUCCAAAUGGUGUCAUAUAUUAACCACAGUAUUCGCAUUCACUCUGAGCUACUUAGACUGCAGCCAGAGCAGGACGAGGAAUUGGAGGCCAUGUCCCAGAGACCGGAACUGAUGAAACGCAAGCACGGAGGAAUUGAGAACAUGGGAUCCAUAUUGUUGGAUAAAUUCAAGGAUAUGGUGGCAGAAUCUCGUAAACUAAAUGAAAUGAAAUCAAAGUUGGGAAUUCAGGAAAUAGAGUCCAUAGUGGAGAAAUUCAAGGAAAUGGAGGUCGAGUUAAAGAGCCUUAAGCAAAAAUUACACAACCAAGAGGAACUGGAAUCCUUUCCCUUUCCGCUAUCUCCUGGUACUCGACAGCAAAAGGAGAUGUAUGAAGGACAAGUGGAAGAUUUCAAUAGAUUCGAGGAAUUGAUGUCAAAAUUUGGUGGCAUUGAAAAAAUGGAGUACAUGUUGGAUAAAUUCCCUGAAAUGGAGAUCGAGCUGAACAGUCUUAAGCAAAGAGAGGACCAACUGCAACUGCAACAGGAAUCUUACGGACCUGGUAAUCUCCAGAGUGGGACAAUGACCGAGUUGCAGUAUUCUGAUGUGGUUGUGGAUCAAUUUACCCAAAGCCUUACUGACGACAACGUCGUAAGCAACUCGGACGACCUCGACAACUUCAAUGACCUAUUGGAGGGAGACAGGGAAAUCGUUGGCAAGUAUAAAAUCCCAACGCCUCUGGUCUCCACCGCUCAAAAUAUCCUCAACGUGUAUGGUGAUAUUACCAGAAAAAGCAAAUACAGUGUUCACGCUGUCCAGAAUAUAUUUGUUUUGUUUUGUGCUGCCAUAAAAGAGAUGAGUGAUAGGUCGCUUGAACUAGUUACGGAAGAUAUUAUGUGGAAGUUGAGAGACCCUAUCAUGGACGCUAAACGCAGUGAAUUUGAUGUCGAAUUUGCCAUUGAAUAUUUGAAAACAAUUGCUCAAGGCUAUUUCGGUCUCAAAGCACGCAGGGAUUUCAAUAACUUGAAACAGACGGUUGCACGUUUAAGGGCCGAUGAAGAAGCCUUGAGACAGGAGCUUGAGAAGAAAUCACAAGAGAUAAAGGCCACGGAAACAAGACAGAGGGAUUUGACAUCAGAGAAGUGCAGGAUUUGCCAGGAAUCCGCUAAUAAAAUCAUGUAUAAAACUGCUAGCCUUUUCUAACUGAUAGUUUAGAGAA